CGUGGAGGGCGGCUGAGGUAGCCGGUGGUGUGUCCCGGCCGGCCGGUUGCCGGCUCUUGGUGUCUUUUGCCCUGUCACGGAGCUGCUGGUCCGGAACCAUGGAGUACAUGCCAGAGUCCAUUGAGCGCAGCCCGGGACACAUCUUGUGCUGUGAAUGUGGUGUCCCAAUUAGUCCAAAUCCUGCCAAUAUUUGUGUGGCCUGUUUACGAAGUAAAGUUGACAUCAGCCAAGGUGUUCCAAAGCAGGUCUCCAUUUCUUUCUGCAAACAAUGUCAAAGAUAUUUUCAGCCACCAGCAUCAUGGGUACAGUGUGCUUUAGAGUCCAGGGAACUUCUUGCUUUGUGUUUGAAAAAAAUUAAAGCUCCUCUGAGUAAGGUUCGGCUUGUCGAUGCAGGCUUUGUUUGGACUGAGCCCCAUUCUAAGAGACUUAAAGUUAAAUUGACAAUUCAGAAAGAGGUGAUGAAUGGUGCUGUCCUGCAGCAGGUGUUUGUGGUGGAUUAUGUUGUUCAGUCCCAAAUGUGUGGAGACUGCCAUAGAGUAGAAGCUAAGGAUUUCUGGAAGGCCGUGAUCCAAGUCAGGCAGAAGACUCUGCACAAGAAAACAUUCUACUAUCUGGAACAGUUGAUUUUAAAAUAUGGAAUGCAUCAGAAUACACUACGUAUCAAGGAGAUUCAUGAUGGUCUGGAUUUUUAUUAUUCUUCAAAACAGCAUGCUCAGAAGAUGGUGGAGUUUCUUCAGGGUACAGUUCCCUGUAGAUACAAAGCAUCACAAAGAUUGAUCUCCCAGGAUAUUCAUAGUAACACAUACAAUUACAAGAGUACUUUUUCUGUGGAAAUUGUUCCAAUAUGCAAGGAUAAUGUUGUCUGUCUAUCACCAAAACUGGCACAGAGCCUUGGAAAUAUGAGUCAGAUAUGUAUUUGUAUUCGAGUAACUAGUGCCAUCCACCUCAUAGACCCAAAUACCCUACAAGUUGCAGAUAUUGAUGGAAACACUUUCUGGAGUCAUCCUUUUAAUAGUUUAUGCCAUCCUAAACAGCUUGAAGAGUUUAUUGUGAUAGAAUGCAACACAGUUCGAGAUCUGAAGCGAAGCGCAGGGGCUGGAGUAAUAUCAAAAAAGCACACCCUUGGGGAAGUCUGGAUCCAGAAGACAUCUGAAAUGAAUACAGAUAAACAGUAUUUUUGCCGAACUCACUUGGGACAUCUUUUAAAUCCUGGAGACCUGGUGCUGGGAUUUGAUUUGGCCAACUGUAACUUAAAUGAUGAGUAUGUCAACAAAAUGAAGUCAGACAGAGUUCCAGAUGUGGUGUUAAUUAAGAAGAGCUAUGACCGUACCAAACGCCAGCGCCGUAGAAACUGGAAACUGAAAGAGCUUGCAAGAGACAGAGAAAACAUGGACACAGAUGAUGAAAGGCAAUAUCAAGAUUUUCUUGAAGAUCUUGAAGAAGAUGAGGCAAUUAGAAAAAAUGUCAACAUUUACAGAGAUGCAACGAUCCCUGUGGAAAGUGACACAGAUGAUGAAGGAGCACCUCGAAUUAGUCUGGCUGAGAUGCUUGAAGACCUUCAUAUUUCUCAAGAUGCCACUGGUGAAGAAGGUGCAUCAAUGAUGUCAUGAUGAGUCAUAUUAUAUGUUGCUUGCAUAUCUGUGGCCUUAGGAAGUUGGCAAAAACCUUUAUUGUAUAGUACAUGUAUUCCCUUAUAUUUUGAAAGGAGAAAUUUGACCUCAAACUUUAAUAAAUUACUAUUUUAAUUGUUUCCUUAAA